ACCGUAUAGCAUGCAGUGCUAGUGCAGCGCGACGUGGAUAUCUCCAUCAUUCCGCUCAUACCACCACCAGCGCGCCAGCGGAGCGGCUUUAGCCCUUUGGGGUUUCGCUUUCACGUAGGUCUAGCCUACCCCUUGACUGCUGUCGAGUGUGAAGUCUAUGGGAUUCAUUGAUCUGCCUCUGUGAGAGGAGCCCCACAGUUCUGUACCAGAGGAGUGAAAAAUUGUGGUUUCUGGAGAGUUUGGUCAGCGAUACUUUGAGAUGAUUUUUGGCUGGUUUUAUGCCUACUUUGCGUGGCUGUACCACCGCAUGUUCAAGUGGAUGAUCCGCGUAUUGACAGGCAGUCAUGAGCUGCAACGACUUUGUUCCAGAGAUCAAUUGGACAGUAGGAGAACCAGAAGAGUGGAGAGCUCAUUGAGGAACUCCAAAUGUGGAGCUUUAAGGAGAGUUGUCGAAGAAGACAACAUAAACAUCAAGGAUGCUGUUGAAGGCAUCGUUGCCGUCAAAGGAAUUGAUACCAGAAAGAGUCCAGACUUUGUACCCUCUCUACGGACGUGUUUAGAGCAGAUCUGUGGCUACAGGUGUCUGCUUGCCGAGGUAGAGGCAAUUAGGAAAGAAAAUUAUCAGUCCGUAAGACAAGACCACGAGGAGAAGCUCAUCAAGCUUUGGAACCUGCUGAUGCCUGACACACCGUUGGAGAACCGUAUCAGCAAACAGUGGGGUAUCAUCGGAUUCCAAGGAGAUGACCCAGCCACAGACUUUCGGGGAAUGGGUAUGUUGGGGCUUCUUAAUUUAAUAUAUUUUGCCGAGGCAUACCACAAGGCUGCCAGACACGUCUUAUCACAUUCCCAUCACCCAAAGUUUGGGUAUUCCUAUGCAGUGGUCGGUAUCAAUAUGACCAGCAUAGCGUAUCAUUUACUUCAAGACGACACCCUCAAGACGCACCUGUACAACCACGUCCAGGGCAGACCAACAGUACAGGACUUUCACCAGAUUUACUGCCAUAUUUUCUUCAACUUUGACACGUUCUGGUUGGCCGAGAAGCCCCGCGACAUCAUGGAGUUCAGUCGUGUUCGUGACAAAUACGAAGAAAAGCUGAGGUGUGACCUUAGGCGAACCACAACUGUCCUCAAGUGCAACUUUGUUACGGAAGACUGAUCUCGCAUCUUGUCCUGGGUCUGCAAAUUGUGGGCAGAGUUGAAUGGUCGCAUAUUGGCUCAGGGCCAUUUGUAUCCUAUAGCAAAUUGUACUUUAUUCAAAUUGAUUGUUGUUUGUACUGCCUCUAUAUUUUCAACAAACGGGUGGAAGCAUUUAUUGAAGAACUUAUUUAUAUCAAGUAUCGAUGUUUGAUGUUUCAUUCUUAGAGUUUCUUAAAGUGUGCUUUUUAUAUCACUCCUUGCAUUAAAAAUUGACUUUUCACCUGAGGGAAUAUUUGUGUGUAAUGUGUACAGAGUGUAUGGUGAUAUAUAGUAGAUGCUUUUUUGCAAAACUGUAAAAUCUUCACUGAAAUACAGUGACGUGUUCAGACUCGGUUACAAACUGUACACCCACGAUAGUUAGUCAGAUGUCAUGUGCUUUGACUUAAUUCAUGAUAAUAAAUCAUUGAGUGUAAUCCUGUCAAGUAGCAUCCACUGACAGCGUUGUAGUUGAGUCUGUCACAAGUCCAUCUACAAAUCCUUUCACAAGUUCAGUAACAUGGAGUCGUCGUCAUUGUUCAUUCGAACAGUACCCAACUUGGCUUGGACUGUGAUAGACUUGCAGGAACUAGAAGCGACUUGCAGUGGACUCGAUUCCACGUACAGCACUGCCCGAUGCAUCUGUAUAUUGCUCAACUUUUAAGUGCUAUCUCGAGCACUCCAUUACCAUACAGUGCAAUUUCAAGUGUGCUCUCUGCUUUGUGUACAAGUCAGUAGAGACUAGGGGGCAAUAAACCUUGGCUCCCAUGCACAUAUGUUAAAGAUUUGUGAAAGCAGUCACGCUUAUGUACAACACCCAGGCAGAGCUUGUGGUUGUUGCCCUGAAGGAGGUUGUUUCAGGGGGGAACAAAGCUCUCAUUGCUGUAGUUGUGUCACGUCUGUAAGGCCUGGUUGAUUGCUUCAGGCGAGUGGGAAAGCACUGUGUGACGUCACAAAGCAGUUGCAGUGAAAGUCGCUCAAGUUGAAAUGCAUGUGUUGCAACUUUUGCAAAUUCACAAUGCAAAUAUUUGACUCGACGUCAAAUAUUUGCAUUUAUGUUUGCCUUUGCACUAAUACAAGCAUGAGCCGGCUUUUACAUGCUGUAAAACCUUAAGUUGUAGUCAAGUAUAAUGUGGGGCCAAAAACCUUGCCAUAAAAUGAUGUGUGGAUCUUUUUGUGUUAUGCAUAUGUUCAUUUUUUCCCGAAAUUUUAAAAGCGGUUGCAUUUCCUCCGUAUUGAAUAGAGUUUGGAUUAAAAAUCUAAGUUCUCAGAGUGGCAGCAGGUUGUGGACCAAAAUGUUACACUUAUCAGGAAUGCUUUUUGGCUUGAUGUGGUAUUUCAGGCCAGGAUUAAUCAUUGUGAACUCCUGGUAGGGGGAGGUGUGUUGGGAGUUCUGGUAGAUGAGUCUUUAUCCACGGUAUCCGGACUUCUCUUUCUCAUAACAUUGUUCAUUUUUGACCAACUGCUUACAGCAUGUCAAUGAUGUUACGUCCAGGUGUGCAUGAUUUUUAUUCAUUUAAUGCUUUUGUACACUACAUUAGCUGCUUACUACGGUCAUGUGCCCAGGUUGAGUGAUUCAACAAAUAAAUGGCACCUGUCCACUUAAAGUCA